AUGCCACGAGUUCGAGUGCCUCUUCCUCCACGACUCGGAGCCCCUAUUCCAUAUCCAGUUAAACAAUCUGGAGGAUCUGGUGGUAUUUUAGGCUUAUUGGGAGGUUUAGCUGGUCUACUUUUGUGUUUACUUUGCUUAGCAACAAUGGGCCUACUUGGUUUAUUUGCAGCAUUUAUUGCAGUAACUGCGUAUCUCGGUUGGAUUUAUCGAGCAUUAAGAGCUGCCGGUAAUGGUUCAUCUGUUAAUUACAUGAAUAUGGCCAUCUUGCUAGCUGCUUUGUGCUUUGCCGGUUAUCAUAAAUUGCGCCGAUCAUUAUAA